AUGGUUCAUAUGGUUGCGGAAAAUGUUUGCAAGUUUGUUUUGAAUCGUUCUUCUCCGUUUGUCGCCCUAAUUUCAGGGUCUCAAAAUCAGACUUUGCUGACAGACUUCUCCAUCAGAUCCUACGACGCAAUCGAUACACUUGCAAUGACUAAACCAGAAAUCACAGGGAAAGAGUUGGUACCUGUGGCAAAUGCUCAACCAUUAGCAAUGAUUGACCAUCAAAAACAGAUGAGGCAGAAGAAAUCACCAAGGAAACGGACAGUAGACCCAACUGUCAUAAAUAUUGAAGACAGUGAGGAAAAGUCCAAGGUCGUCAAGUCUGCCUCACCCACCCCCCGGAAAAAAGUGGACGGAAAAAAGAGUAAAGGACUAGUAGUUGAUGAUGAAACACCAACUGUACAGAAAUCACCUACCCCAACUAAAAAGGUGAUGCCGACAAGAAUCAAGUUCACAGACCAUGGUAAAAAGCCAGAGACUGAAAAUGUUUAUGAGAGAAAGAGGAAAAGGGCAAAAAGGGAAGAUGAAGGAGUUAUAAAUCUGCAAUCCCCGACAAAGAGAGUGACACGUUCUUCUGAGGCAGUGCAUAAAUUGAAAAGGGGUAAGGAUGAAGAAGAAGAUGAGUGGGAUGAAGAAGAGAGGGAUGAAGAAGAAAAGGGAAAGGGGAAGAAAGGGCAUAAAAGUGAAGGGUUCAAGGGCAAACGAAAACAAGAAAAAGUAGAACCUGGGAUGUCUAAUAAUCCCCGGAAUGUAAAGAGACAUAUUCAGUACAGGUCAACUUUAAAUACUGUGGUAAAACUGAUAAGGAGUAUUCCUACCGGGGAAUUCACACCACUUCAAAUUCAGGAGAUCAAUAAAACACCAUUUGCGAAAAUUUUGUUGGGUAUUGUAGAAGCAAAAAUGGAUGAGGCCUACGUAAGGAAGAGCGAUACCGACGUUUUAAAGUUGGUAAAACAAUAUGAGGGUACAAGUGGGAGAUUCAAAUUGGGUGGCAAGUCUGUGAAAAUAACGGCGAAAGAGGUUACACUCAUAUUUGGAAUACAAUCUGGUCCUAAAAGGAUUGUACUAAAUCCAACUCCAAGGGUCCCAAAAUUAGACUUCGCUGAUCGUCUUUGCCCGGGUCCCAAAGGCCAAAGGAUAUUAACAAUUCCGUUACUAAGGGAAUUCUUUACCAAGGCUGUUAAAGGCACCACUUUGCAGGAUGCGAAUGAUUUGGCGCGUGUCCUAUGCCUUUUGUUAAUAGGGACAUUAUUUUUUGCAAACACACAAGCCAGAGUGAGUUGGGGUUACUUGGAGUUCGUGGAAUAUUUGGAUAAUAGCACCUCCUACGAUUGGGCAACCUUCAUCACCGAAGACGUUAUCCAAGAAUUGAACAAAAGGGCUUCUUUGAAACCAACAAAAGUCGGAGGAUGCGUAAUGGGACUUAUGUAUUGGCUUUGUGAGCACGUGUCUUUAAUUAAUCAGGGAGAUCCACAAAUCAUACCAAGGUUCAUCAAGUGGAGGAUUGGUGACCUAACAAAUGCACUGCGUACAAACAACUUGGACUCUCUUGAUCCGCAGUUGGUAUUAUCUUCAGAAUUGGAGCCAAGCGACGCGGAGGAAGAAUUGUAUAGGUUUUCCCUAGUCCCUGAUGUCAAGACUGAUGUCAAGGCUGCUAAGUUGAAGACGGCAGUUGACAAGUCGGGCGAUGAGGUCGUGGAGGAUACGAGUGAUGAGGAAACAGAAAGUGAGCAGGAUGAAGUGGUAGACCUACUAGGUAUAAUCAGAACCUUGACCGAAAAUAAUGCAGAAAAGGACCAUAUAAUUUCUGAACUUCGGAGGGAAAACAAGGAGAAAUCUGACACAAUAGUUGAACUUAGGAGGAGGAUUACAAAGCAUACACAAACCACAACACCUGGUUUAGGAUUCGAAGGCAUCUCCGCACAAUUUGAUAAAGACCACCUAGAGCACGAAAAUGUUACGUUACAUACGGAGAUAGGCGGCAUGCUCAUAGAGAAAGACAUUGUUGAAGAAAAACUUGAAGUGGCCGGAGAUAUAAUUGAUGAUUUUGUGACACAUGCUGUAACACAAACGUACAAGCCAGUUGAAGAUGUGGGCGAGAAGGAAACCAAGUCUAAAGAACAAGAAAUAGAAAAUGUGGAAGAAGAAGAAGAAGAAGAAGAAGAAGAAGAAGAAGGGGGGAUUGAAUUUGUCCAGGAUGAGGGUGGGCCAGAGUACAUAAUGCUGCCAGAUGCAGAAGUGGACAGUACGACUGUUGAAGCAUACACGAGUAUACUAGAAUGCGACACACCGAAAGGGAAGAGGGGAAAAACGAAAGUAAAAGUGAAAUCAUCGUCGCUAACUAGAGGAGUGAAAAAAAAGUUCACCAGAGUGGAGAAGCGGUUAGACGAUUAUGUCUACAGUGAUUUGCAAAAGGGGGCAAAGAAUAAAUUGAAACAAAAGUGGAAUCCUAGUGCAGCACCGUUGAUUCACUUGCUAUCGAAUACCGAUGCGAAGCUAUUGCAACAAAUCGUUGACUGUUCUGACGCAGAUCUCACAUAA